AUGUCCUGCGACUUCUGCCGCUACUUGCUGCCGCAAGCCGCUGCGGGUCAUUACGUCGACCUCGAGGCCGCAGCACGCCUGCCGGCCUUGCUGCUCCUAGCAGAGCAUGUGGACGAGAAUGGCCUCAUCAUUGCAUCCCAGGAGAUGCAGCGGGUCACUCACGAGAACCCUAAGGUCUUGCAAGCAGGGGAGUUUCUCAUGCGGGUGGCGCUGGAACUACUUCGUGCCCCCCAUCGGUUCUGCGCCGGCUCUCCACGCCGGGCGGCGAUGGCAGACGCGCUGCGCGCUGCGGCCGUGGGCGAUCACUUUGGGGCCUUGGUCGACGAGGUGCUGUCCGAGGCUCAAAGCCGUGCUGCGGUCAUGGCGGCCGGUGGGCUCUUGGGGAAGCUGGCGGAAAUCCACUCGGAUGAGCAGGUGCUGGGCCGACUAACCUCUAGUGGCGAGUCGCCUGGCGACGAGGUGCAAAGUGCAAAGACUUCUUUCGUACUUCCGGCCAUCCUUUGGUAUGUCCUGGCCUAUGACCACCUCUCCGAGGCGCUGGCGUCUUCCGCUGCCCUUGGAGGAAGCGGGGGACCGGCCAGGGCCAUCUUCAUCGGCCUCCUCUUCGCAUGCAGGGACGGCGUUGCGGAGGAGCUUGCUGGGCAGGCUCCUCCGCCUCACCUGCCGAUCGCUUUCAGACCUGUGCUGCUGUCGGGCGCCGUUCUGAAGCUGUGCCGUCAGCCAGGUCUCUGCCAGCGAAAGUCGCGGGAGCUGAACGGCGUCGAAGCGGAAGCUGCGACUCGACGUUUUAGGGUUUAG